AUGAACGAGAGAAAUGAGGUUGGACAAUUGGAGGAGCAGCAGGAUGAGAUAACCAAGUGCAAAGGUUAUGCCAGCAUGUUAUAUAUGCUGGUUUCUGGUACAACAGAUUUUCGGGCCUCUACAAGGUGGGUGGAUGAGGCAAGCUUUGUGAGGAACUUGCUUACGAGAAAGACAACUCUAAGUUGGGCAGGCUUUAAUUUGAUGGCACAGACAAUGCAGCAAUCUGUAAGGUUUGGCGUGGAUAUUUGGGUGUCCUAUACAGAGAUGGACAUUCAAAUUCAUGGACAGCUUGUUUCCCGAAAUGACUUUGACAUUUUUAAGGAUGAUACGCUUGUCAAGUGUAAGAAGAUGGCCAACUUAAUCGAUAUGUGGGCUAAAUUAAGACGGGAUUGA